CAGCAGCAGAAAGGCAUACAGAAGGCCUUGAAGAGCAAAUAAAAAGGCUCAUGUUCAAGCGGUAUCCAAGCAUCAAAAGGACUUAUGCGAGGUUGGUCACCAAUUACAAGCGCUCAAGCGCCUAUAGUCGGCACCAUUCUCUCUCUCGAACUCCACAACACAAGCCGAUCGCGAGGCACUUCUUAAGACUACAGCACAGUGGAUGGCGCACUUUUCCGAAUUCCGAAUUGAGGAACAGAUCUGGCUUGGCCCAGAUGACAAAUUCGUCCUUCAGAAUCGACUUUCGGCAGCAAAGAGGCAUAUAGAGACCCUUGAUGAGCAGAUAAAAAAGCUCGACUGCACAUGCGAUACCCAUAUAUCUGACUUGAUGCAUCAGAAGGAUACAAAGCUCUUCGAAAUUGCUUCGCUUAGAAACAUUCUUUCGCCUGUUCGUCGAAUUCCUGUCGAGCUUCUGUCCAAGAUCUUCGAGCUUUCAUGCAGCCCGGACUAUCAUUUCUAUCCCCAGUACGAUAUCAUUCGAUAUACCUUUAUUCUUUCAAGGGUUUGCGUCAGUUGGAGAACAAUCGCUUAUGCGACUCCCAGAAUCUGGACGAGACUAUGCCUCUCAAUUUCUGAGCAUUCGAAGGCGAUCACAAAAAAUGUUGGGUGGGUCCAAGACUGGCUCUCUCGAAGUCUAGCACUUCCUAUAGAACUAUAUUUGAAUACUGUUACGGACAACAACGAUCAUAUAAUUGGAAUGUGCCGAAUAUUAGAGUCUGUCAUGGAACAUUCUCACCGGAUACGGCUACUUGAAUUUUCUGGGUAUUCGGAUCCCUUCCAUCCCAUUUUUGUUCUCCCUCCCUCUUCUUUCCCUGUGCUGGAGAAGAUCUCUAUCGAAAUGUAUGACGAUUUCCUGCCUCCUGAAAUCCCUAGACCGAUUCGGGCUUUCUUAGGUGCACCCAAAUUAUCUGAUAUUAAGAUUAUAAGGCCCCACUCGAUAUAUACGCUUGAACCGUUGUCGCUGCCUACAAAACAGAUAGCAACCCUAACAAUCGAUGGAUCCCGGGAAUUAAUUACUCAUGAUCCAUUGGUUUAUGCGGGCAUUUUGCAGCAGUGUCAAAAUCUUGUCAGCCUUGACAUCAAUCCUCCAUCAUUUUUUGGAUUCAGCUCUACGCUUUCUAUAUCACUUCCAACUCUCAAACACCUUCGCAUUACCUGCCGACGCUUGCAACGUGGUGUAAGCCUUCUAUCCUGUCUCACAGCACCUCUGUUGGAAGACAUAACGGUUUGUUGGAGUGGGGUUAUAUUCGAGGAGUUUUCCCAUUGGAUGAACACGAAUUCGGACCUGCUAUCGAUACCUACUCUCUUCCCCAACCUAAUCAAAUUUCGAAUACGGCCCAUAUACAAUGCGAAUGCUCUUUUCCAAGUGAUGACAUACUCAACUAGUCAGAACUUUGUCCUUCUACCAAGGCUCUCAACUCUUGAUUUGGAAUUUCAGCAGCAGGAUAACGUACCUUAUCCUUCCGAGUUGAUUGCUAUGCUUCUCUCGCGGUCAUGGCCACUGGCAGACAGUAUCCAACCAGAUGCAGGUCAUAGUGGUGAAAGAUUGGUAGCGUCGGACUACGUCGGGACACUAUCUAGGCUGCAGAUGCUAAAGAUCCAUGGAUAUACAUUGAAAGAUGCUGAUGUGGAAUGCAUUACUGGCAUUCACGGUUUGCAUUUUGAUUAUAGAUCAAAGCUUUGAAGAUCAUGCUGGCAUAGUACAGUGGAUAAAAGAAGUAUAAAUCACAGAUACUCAUCGUAACCCCAAGUACACAAGUUAUCACGUACUCUACAUAGUUACA